AGGGCUUACUCGAUUGUGUGCCAGUCACGUGACAAUACUGGCUUGACGUCACCCGAAGACUCACUCCUCAACUCAUCCAUCCUCGCGCGCUGUUAGCGCGUCCCGAGCGCUGGCGUGUCGUACACAUGUCAUCUUUAAUUGUUGCCGGGCGCGGUUUGGCUGUGCUUCUGAACCUACAACCCAACAUAUGCUAUGGGUGCAAGUGGCAAUGUAAACGGGGUUGCCGGUGUUUGUGCCGACAAUGUAUGCUUGCUGCAUUUAAACCAUCGUUGACGCUUCCCAAAACUGCUCGGAUCUUCCAACGUGCUCGGUUGCCAAGCCUGGUUCCUUCGCAGGCGGUUGAGAAGCUCAUGCGGCAGAUUGACGCACUUGAAUCUCAAGGCGCUUCUCAUGUGGUGCGAGUGAGUCUGAAUCUGCUCAAUGCUUCGAUUGAUGGGGCACACACGAUCGCUAAGGCCGAUGAAGCGAACAUGACGAGCAACAUGGUACAUUCUAUCUCACACCGAAGCGAAAAGUAAUUUUGGAAUAGCUGCUGGUGGUGGCGGCAGGGACAAUAUUUGCACGUCAACAAACUGAACUGAGGCAAUAGCGGUGCGUAUGACUUUGUCGACUCGCUAGAGGCUGUGGAGAGCUGCCGAAGUAGUAGCAAAAUAAUGUCUGCAGGGCUGAGCGAGGACGAGUUGCUGGCGAAGCAGUAUGUCG